AUGGCGAGGACGGGCGGGCGGCGGCGGGUGAGCGCAGGCCCGGCGGCGGGGUCUGGGUGCUGGCCGGGCGAUGGGCUGUGGCUGGAGUUGCGGGCGGGGUGGGAGCGGUGGAGCCGGUGGGGGCGCUGCUGCUGGAGGUGGCCGUUCAGGGGGGAGUUGUGUGGAUUAGUUGGGGGCUCAUGGCAGCUGCGGCCGCCAUGUGCUGCUCUCACAGAGCCAUGGCUCAGGGACCCGGGCUGCUGCCGCUGCGGCUCCUACUGCCGGGGGGAGGGGGAGCGGCACCGCGCGCAGGAAGCCACCCCGCCGCCGCCGCCGCCUGCAGCAGGGAGAGCGGAACAGGCGGGACUUGGCGGCGGCCCCCGCUGCCACUCACGGGCCCGGCGCGCCGCGCACACAGUGGCCUCAGGGGCAGCACCCGGGGGGCCGGGCCGCGAGCGCGCCCCACCGACCCGGCCUCUUCCACCGAGACGGCACCCUUGGUCUGCGGCCGCGGCACUCAGGCAGCGGGGCCUGGGCGGCCAGGCAGGGCUGUUGCAUAACCCAGGCAUGCGCCCUACGGACGAGCGAGAGAGCAGGCGGGCGGGGGCUACUACGCGGAGGGGCUUGGAAGUUGCUGGGGGGCGGCAGACGAACCGCGUCACGUGGGCGGGGGGCUGGAAGAGAGAGCAGGAGAGGGGCUCGGUAGAGGGAGGCUGGAAAGGGGCGGGGGUGUGGAGGACUUUGGUGGGGGGGAGGAGAGGGAGAAUGGCGGGGCGUGCUACAAAGCCGCCUCCAGGCAGAAGCGCUGCCCCGCUGGGCACGAUGGCAGCGCUUGGGCAGCAGGCCGUGCCAGUGAAAUGUGGUCGGGCGAGUUCAGGACGGGAGGAGCCAACCCUCCGUGCAGGAGCCCACUGGGUGCUGUUGCAGCCCCAGAGAGAGGCGGGGGGAGAUGCUGCGGGAGAGGCAUCCAGCCCGCUGGCCUCCCCCUCAGGCUUGGCUCCAGCGUUGCAGGAAGUCUUACACAUUUACACCCGCCCAGAAGAGCGGGCUCCAUGUGGGAGCUCCACGGCGCUGUUCCCGCUCCCGUGUCUGCGCAGCAGUGUAUAUGUCAUGCUGUACAAGUGCUGGGCCGGAAAGACCGCUUGCUGCACGGAGAUCAGCCAAUGAGAGAAGCGAACUGAAUAGUGUCCACAUCCCGGGCUGAGUGGUCGCUAACUGCCCCUGUGAGUGAGCUGGCUGGGCCCCUUGCUCCCCGCGAUUCGAUUUCAGGCAAAGACAGAAAUAAUGCCCGGCCCAAGGGGAGAGGAAGUCGUGCUCUUCCUCUAGGGAACUCGCACCCGCUCCUGCUUUGGAGAACGUUGGCAGUUAACUGAAUUAAAAAGCUAGUUUUGCUUUGUGCUAUGCACACACUGUACUGUACAGCGAUAUAAAUGCUAACCUGGAGCAGUGGUUUUCAACCUUUUUUCAUUUGUGGACCUUAAAUGUCAGGUGGAACUACAGGUCCCUUUGGAAAUCUUAGACCUAAUUUGUGAACUCCCAGGGGUCUGUGGACCAGAGGUUGAAGACCACUUACCUCAAGCACUAAGAAUAGGGGACAUAACAGGGAGUUGGUUGAUUCCUUCCUGAGCGAUGCUAACUCAACCCUGAUUGGAAGACAUUUGUAUCCAACAGUGACUGAUGUAGCCCAUAAGGAUGGUAAAAGAAAGUAUACAGAAAACUUUGUGGAAGUCCAUAAUAAAAAAAUGUUUCCUGAAAAA